UCCGGACUGAGAGGUUAGUGUUGCUGUUGUUUCUCGCAGUCCGCACGAGCUCCCACUCGCUCCACAAUGGCCGGAGUUAACACACUUUCAGCCUUUAUUUUAGCCUUCAUUUUCUUCGGUGUUUUUAUAACCACGGAGGCGCAGACUUCGACUCCUGCUCCAAACACGAUUUCAGUUCCCUGUGCCUUGAGAUCCAACACCAGCUGCUCUGAAUGUCUGCAGAAUGUAACAUGUUUGUGGUGUACACCAACUAAACAAUGCUUGGACUACCCAGUGAGGAACAUCUUGCCCCCCAGGAGUGUGUGUCCACUGAAUGAUGCACGAUGGGGGUUGUGUUGGGUAAACUUCCAGAUUUUGAUCAUCACCAUGUCAGUGCUGGGAGGCGUCAUCAUCAUCAGCAUUCUGGUUUGCUGCUUCUGCUGCUGCAAGUGUGAAAGAGUUGGGCACAAGAGAGAAGACGCGAAGGUUGAGCGACAAACCCGUGCAAGGAAGAGCCGUCAGAAAGCAAAGAGGACAGAAAUGCAGAUGAGACAUGACGAGAUCAGGCAAAAAUAUGGUGUUGCAAAGGAAAACCCAUACGCCCGUAUGGACGAUCAUUAAGAAGAUUCUCAGCGAUGAUUCCACCACCAAAAAUCCUUAAGUUGAUCUUAUUGAUGCCAAUAACAUUAAGAUAUGAAACUGUGAUGAUCUGAUUUCAUUUCAGUGUUUGUCAAAAAAUUUCACCAAGAUGUUCUGAAUUUAUUUUUGAAUAAGUGUGCACCAUAUUUUACACAGUUUCCUUCACCUAAUAUUUCAUAUUUUAUGCACAUUGUUUUCUGCUGUUAAACCAGGUUGAUAUUUCUUUUGUCUUUUCAUAAUAUGAUAUUCUAUUCAGUUCAAAGCAUAUUGUCCAACAAGCUAUACAAAAUCACUGUGUUAUUUUUGCAUAACAUGCAGUAUAGUUUUGUACAACUCAAGAAAAGUUCAGAGCAAUUGUGGUUCUUAAAUAACAGCAGUUUCAUUUUAGUUGUAAUACGCACUAUUUUACUGAUCUGUUCUGAAAGUACAACAUUUAUUUUUAUAUAAAACGUUUAUAACAUGUGACUUAAUGGAUGAAAGAAAUGUGUUUUCUUGAACUACAUGCGAGUGAUUUGAUUAUUGUGCAGCUUUUGUUUGAAACCAUUUGGGACCAUUUGACUUGCUUUAAGUGCUUUUAGCACCAGGAAAAGUGCUAUAUAAAUAACAUGUUUUAUUAUUAUUACUACGAUUUAUAACAUAAACACAUUUGAAUUUUCUUUUGUGACUGAAAAGUAAAUCAAUUUCCAUAGUUUACAAAUGUCCCUGACACCUUACCCAAACACUUUUACAGAAAAAAGAGGAUUCAAAUGAAACUGUUCUGUACUGAGAGAAAUAAUGGAACUAUUAAACCCAGUGGAAAGUAAUUUCA